UCUUAUGAAAUAUUUAUAUGAAGUAGUUAAAGCCAAACAACUCAAAGCGACGAAACAAUAAAAGUAGAAGAGGCCCAAGAUUUAUAAUUGGGUUUCUCUUUACCGGUUUGUUAUUGAAAAUAAAAUAAGCUACAUAUGGCGCCACCUCGGCACAGCGGUUUUGGGGGAAAUGGCGGCGGUGGAGGAGGACGAUCUGGUUUUGGUGGACAUGGAGGUGUCCGUUCUGGUCGAGUAGAUAAUCGUUCUCGUCGCAGUGGGGGCAUGAAUCGUGGAGCUGGUUCUGUAAAUGAUGAUUUUGGAGGCCUGCACAUUGUCAAUUGGUCCGAGAUGCGUCUGCAGCCAUUUCAAAAGAACUUUUACCAGGAGCAUCCCAAGACUCGUAAUCGUUCGCCAGAGGAAGUGGCUGCCUAUCGCAACCAACAUCAGAUCACAGUGCGCGGCAUGGCGCCCAAUCCCAUUCGAGGCUUUGACGAAACAUGCUUUCCAGACUAUUGCAUGAAUGAGAUACGACGUCAGCGGUAUGUAGAACCCACACCCAUUCAAGCCCAAGCAUGGCCAAUUGUUUUGUCGGGCCACAACCUGGUUGGCAUAGCCAAAACAGGAUCAGGCAAAACUCUCGCCUUUAUACUGCCCGCCAUAGUGCACAUCAACGGCCAGCCGCCCUUGAAGCGUGGCGAUGGCCCCAUUGCACUCGUACUAGCCCCCACCCGCGAGCUUGCCCAGCAAAUUCAGACGGUGGCCAAUGAUUUUGGGUCCAGUUCGUAUGUGCGGAAUACAUGCAUUUUUGGCGGAGCACCACGUUCCAAGCAAGCGAGUGACCUGCAGAACGGUGUUGAAAUUGUGAUUGCCACGCCCGGUCGUUUACUGGACUUUCUGCAGAGCGGCACAACGAAUCUGCGUCGAUGUACAUAUCUUGUAUUGGACGAGGCUGAUCGCAUGUUGGAUAUGGGCUUCGAGCCGCAGAUACGCAAAAUACUGAGCCAAAUUCGACCGGACCGUCAAAUAUUAAUGUGGAGCGCAACGUGGCCAAAGGAAGUACGUCAAUUAGCCGAGGACUUUCUCGGCAACUAUAUACAGAUUAAUAUUGGAUCACUGGAGCUGUCCGCCAAUCACAAUAUACGACAAUACGUAGAUGUUUGCGCGGAGCACGAGAAAGGAUCCAAGUUAAAGGAUCUGCUGUCACACAUUUACGAUCAGUCUGGGAUGCCCGGCAAAAUUAUCAUAUUUGUAGCCACCAAGAAAAAGGUGGAUGAGCUGGCUCGUUUCAUCAAUGCCUUCGGAGUUGGCGUCGGCUCCAUACAUGGCGACAAAUCCCAAAUGGAUCGGGAUAAUGUGUUGAAUGACUUUCGCAGCGGUCGUGCCAACAUUUUGGUGGCAACCGAUGUGGCGGCGCGUGGCCUUGACGUGGAUGGCAUUAAGUAUGUCAUUAACUUUGAUUUUCCCCAAUCAUCGGAGGACUAUAUACAUCGAAUCGGUCGUACCGGGCGCAAGCAUUCAACGGGAACCUCGUACGCAUUCUUUACACGAAAGAAUGCCAAGUGUGCUCGCGCCCUGAUUGAGAUUCUGCGCGAGGCCAAUCAGAAUAUAAAUCCCGAGUUGGAGCACAUAGCGCGCGAUUCGGGCGGUGGCAGUGGACGAAGCCGCGGCAAUCGUGGAUCUACCAGAAGUUACAACGGUGGCGGUGGCGGUGGCAACCAGUUUUCCGGCGGAUUCAAUGCCAUGAAUGGUGGCAACGGAUCAUCCGGAAGAACCAAUAAUUUCAGCAACUUCCGUGGCAGCUACAAUGCCUUUAGCGAGGGCGGCAAUCACUUUGGCUCGACGAGCAAUGCCGGAAACAAUUUCAAUGCCAACCAGGGCCAAGGCCAAAGGAACUUUGGCUCCGGCUCCGGCGCAGGCUUUUCGUACGGUGGCAACAGAUUCUCAAAUUCAGCGCGCCAUUAAAUUUAAGUUGUUGAGCUUAUCGCUAAGUUAUUAUCAAAUGUUUUCAACUUCCAUUCAGUUCACCUCAUCUCUCGUCACCCCAUUCGUAUUUAAUGGCCCCCAAAUAUUAUGACAUGAAGAUUUUAAUCCUCAAAAAUGA